AUGGACGACGGCGAAGGAGAGCUGAGCGCCAGUGCCAGAAUCGGCGCCUGUAUCAGCGGCCGGCAUGGCGAGAUGCGACACAAGGAGAAGCUCGACGGUGGUGAAGAUGGACUGCGGCCAUGCUCGGUUGGAACUGGGCACCAAGCGCCCGGCUCGCUGCUGGAAAUGCGCGGCACCGACGCCCUCGUCAGCUUCGAUGGCUCUCGUCAGCGACGACCGCGCGUCGCUCUGGUCUGGCGCGUCCCUGAUCUUUCACGAGCGGGUUGGGCCAGCGCGCUCACGUCCUUGUCCGCCUGGGCGCUGGGCAUGCCGUGA